AUGGCCUCGGAAAAGGAACACGGUCCUCCAAGCCCUCCCCCAGAGAAUGCAAUCGAUCGUCAGGCCACCCAUACUACCACCAGCAGCUCUGAGGGCCCGGCUUUUGAACCCAUCCGCACCAGAAAAACAAGAGACACUGUCGACUACCAGUUUGAGGACGAAGACAAUGCGACACGCGAUGAACUUGCUCGAAUCGCCUCAAUACUUUCCGGCAGCCAGGCCAGUCGGACUCAUACUGCUCCGGGUCUGCACAGACAGGAUACUGUUGCAGGUAUGGGAAUAGAAUCGCCCGAGUUUGAUCCAAAUGACCCAUCCUUCAACUUUUUUCUUUGGAUGAGGAAAUUCAUCCAACUGUUAGAGCGCAGCGGCGUUAAGCUGAGAAGGAGCGGAUUUACCUUCAAGAACCUUACUGUAUCUGGGAAGGGAUCCGCGUUGCAGCUUCAGCAAAACGUCGGCUCCAUUUUCAUGCAACCUUUCCGACUUCGCGAAGCCUUCAGCCAUCCACCCGAAAAACAAAUUCUGCGGAACUUUAAUGGGCAUGUAAACAGUGGCGAACUGUUGAUUGUUCUUGGACGGCCUGGAAGUGGUUGCUCUACUUUCCUUAAGAGCAUCUGCGGUGAGCUCCAGGGAUUAAGCCUUUCUGGGGAGGGGAGUAUCACCUACAGCGGGAUUGCUCAAGAAAUUUUUCUAAAGGAGUUCAAGGGCGAAGCUAUCUACAACCAGGAAAACGAGAAGCAUUUCCCGCACUUGACUGUAGGAGAAACUCUGAACUUUGCAGCUGCAUGCCGCACGCCGGCCAACAGAGUGCUUGAUGUUCCUCGAGAUGAUUGGGCAAAAUACAUGGCCUCAGUGAUGAUGAACAUCUUCGGACUUUCUCAUACUCGUAACACCAAGGUCGGAGAUGACUUCGUUAGAGGUGUUAGUGGAGGUGAAAGAAAGCGUGUCAGCAUAGCCGAGAUGGCUUUGGCAGGUCCACCUAUUGCCGCCUGGGAUAACUCAACACGAGGCCUUGACUCACAAACCGCCCUCGAAUUCGUCCGAUCUCUUCGAAUUGCUGCAGAUAUUGGAGGCUUGACAUCACUUAUCGCAAUAUAUCAGGCGUCACAGGCCAUUUACGAUCUGUGUGAUAAAGCUCUUGUACUCUAUGAAGGCAAACAAAUCUACUUCGGCCCAGCUGACGAAGCUCGUGAAUAUUUCGAGCAGAUGGGUUGGCAUUGCCCAGCCAGACAAACCACUGGAGACUUUUUGACAUCGGUCACAAAUCCUGGUGAAAGACAAAUUCGGGAAGGAUUUGAGGCUAAAGUGCCUCGAACUGCUGAGGAGUUUGAGAAAUAUUGGCUGGAAAGUUCCCAGUACAAAUCUUGUCUGGAAGAGUCGACAAAAGCAGAGGAUGUUGACGCCGAUGGUCGAGAGGCCCUCGAGGGUUUCAGAGAGUCUCAUAAGCAAAUGCAAGCCGAGCACACUCGUCCAAAGUCGCCUUACGUUAUCAGCAUUCCCAUGCAGAUCCGGCUGUGCACGACCCGCGCCUAUCAGAGACUGUGGAAUGAUAAAGCAUCAACUAUCGCCGUCAUAUUCAGCGAGGUAGCACAGGCGCUGAUUAUAGGCUCUGUCUUCUAUGGGACUCCACUGUCGACUGGCAGUUUCUUCGCCAAAGGCUCGGCGCUCUUCUUUGCGGUUCUGCUUAGCGCCCUUCAGUCCAUUGUUGAGAUCAACACAUUGUAUGCUCAACGCCCAAUCGUCGCCAAGCACAAAUCGUAUGCGUUCUACCAUCCUUUUACCGAAGCGGUGGCUGGAAUUGUCGCGGACUUGCCCAUCAAGUUUUGUAUAGCGACUGUCUUCAACAUCAUCUUGUACUUCCUUGCUGGACUACGCAGAGAGCCAUCUCAAUUCUUCAUCUUUUUCCUGUUCAACUUCAUGGCAAUGCUUACCAUGUCGGCAAUCUUUCGAAGCACCGCAGCCGUUACUAAAACAAUCUCUGCAGCUCUCGCUAUUGCCGGCAUCAUGGUCCUUUGGAUUGUCAUCUAUACAGGAUUCACCAUGCAGAGGUCAUACAUGCACCCAUGGUUCAAAUGGAGUUCGUGGAUUAAUCCGGUAGCCUACGCAUUCGAAGCACUCCUCGUCAAUGAAGUUCACGGCCGCGAAUUUCCAUGUGCUGCCGCAAGCCUGGUACCGCCCUACGGUCAGGGUUCAAACUUUCAGUGUGCGGUCGCCGGAGCUGUCGCCGGUGAGCUCAACGUUUCAGGCGAUGCAUGGGUGCAGGCAUCCUAUGGAUAUUCUUACAGUCAUAUCUGGCGCAACCUCGGCUUCAUGUUCGCCUUCAUGAUCGUCUUUUACGCUGUAUAUUUCGUCGCCAGUGAGCUAAACUCGAACUCGACAUCGACUGCCGAGUUUCUGGUAUUCCGAAGAGGUCAUGUCCCCGCACAUCUUCUCUCCAAUGACCGCCAUGACGAAGAGACCGCGCCACUCGCGGAGAAAGGGAAUCCCUCUUCCAGUCCGGCAGAUGGACAGCAAUCUGAAGAAGUCAAAGCACUUCCAGCGCAGAAAGAUAUAUUCACCUGGCGGAAUGUCACCCUCGAUAUCAAAAUCAAAGGUGAGCCGCGAAGAUUGCUGGACGGAAUUUCAGGUUGGGUAAAGCCUGGUACUUUGACGGCCCUUAUGGGGACUUCCGGUGCAGGUAAAACCACUCUACUAGACGCUCUGGCACAAAGAAUCAGUAUUGGGGUGUUGACAGGCGACAUGUUCGUGAAUGGGAAGCCGCUGGAUGCUUCGUUCCAACGGAAAACAGGCUAUGUACAACAGCAAGAUCUACACUUAGAGACCACCACUGUUCGCGAAGCCCUUCGUUUCUCGGCUUACCUUCGUCAGCCCAAGACGGUUUCGAUCCGGGAAAAAAAUGACUUUGUCGAGGAAGUUAUCAAAAUGCUGAAUAUGGAAUCUUUCAGUGAAGCUAUUGUCGGGAAUCCUGGAGAAGGGCUCAAUGUUGAGCAACGUAAGUUACUAACCAUUGGAGUCGAACUUGCUGCGAAACCUGCUCUUCUCAUUUUCCUGGAUGAACCCACGUCUGGCUUAGACUCGCAAAGUUCUUGGUCCAUUGUUGCCUUUUUACGCAGGCUUGCGGACGCCGGGCAAGCCGUGCUUUGCACUAUUCACCAACCGUCCGCAAUCCUCUUUCAGGAAUUUGACAGACUUCUUUUUCUGAUGAAGGGAGGGAAAACGAUUUAUUUCGGUGAUAUAGGGGACAACUCCAGGACUCUCCUGGACUAUUUUGAACGGAACGGGGCUCCAAGAUGUGAUGACGAUGCCAAUCCAGCGGAGUACAUGCUUGAUAUCUGUGGCAAAAAAUCCGAUCGUGACUGGAGCGAGGUUUGGAAGACGACUCCCGAAGCCCUGGGCGUCCAAGAAGAACUUGAUCGGCUCCACGCAGCGGGCAUGAACGUGCAAACCAAAGAUGAUGGAUCCAUUUCGGAAUUUGCCAUGCCUCUUUCCUCGCAGCUGUAUUAUGUUACACAAAGAGUAUUCCAGCAAUACUGGCGGACACCUUCUUACAUUUCUGGAAAAUUUCUUCUUGGCAUUAUGUCUGCACUCUUCAUCGGUUUCUCAUUUUACAAGCAGAACAACACUUCAUCAGGGCUUCAAAACACUAUAUUUGCCAUUUUCAUGCUUGUCACUAUCUUCUCAACCCUUGUUCAACAAAUCAUGCCACGUUUUGUGAUACAGCGCUCGCUGUACGAGGUUCGCGAACGCCCUUCCAAGGCCUACUCCUGGGUGGCCUUUUUGCUUGCCAACAUCACUGUGGAGUUACCAUAUCAGAUUGUGCUGGCUGUUCUAAUGUGGGUAUCAUGGUAUUUCGCCGUUUUCGGGAAGAAUCAAGAUAAUGAGACUCGAGGACUCAUGCUGCUCCUGGUGGUGCAGUUCAUGCUCUUCGUGAGCACAUUUGCUCACAUGAUCAUUGCAGCCAUGCCCGACGCGGAAACUGCUGGCAAUAUUGCCACCCUUCUGUUCAGUAUGAUGUUGACAUUCAACGGCGUGUUGCAGAGCCCUACAGCACUCCCAGGUUUCUGGAUAUUUAUGUAUCGUGUGUCCCCAAUGACAUAUAGCGUGGCUGGCUGGGCUGGUGCUGGUUUGGGGGGGCGGCCCGUCGAGUGUUCCGAACAGGAGCUAGCAAUUUUUGAUCCGCCUUCUGGACAGAACUGCCAGGAAUAUCUAGCAGAUUAUCUCAACGCCGGUGCUCCGGGUCGGCUGUACAACCCCUCAGCGACGUCUCAAUGCCAAUACUGCCCACUCACUUCUGCUGACCAAUUUUUGGCUGCAACCAACGUGUACCCGAGUGAACGUUGGAGAAACUUUGGCAUUGGGUUUGCCUACAUCGGGUUCAAUAUUUUCGCCUGCAUCGGCCUCUACUACGUUUUCCGCGUCAGGCGCCUUAGCCUCAGCAGUCUGGCCAAGGGCCCGGCACGGAUUGCGGACCUUAUCAUCAAUCAGGGAUUGAGACGUAUAUUUGCACGCCAUUCAGAGCCUACUCCUGCUGGAAAGGAAGCAGAGAGCCAUAAGGCGUUCUAG